UACUGCUGUUGUUCAUGUGGAAGGAUUAUCAUUACUCUAUGUUUUGAUAAUUAGGGGAAAAAGAGAGGUGAAGAAUAAAGAGGUAAGAAAAUUGGAGGUUAGGGAAUGGAAGGGAAAGAGUGAGCUUCCAUUUUCCUUCCAAAUCUCUCCAACAAUGGAGGGAUUUAGUUUAUUAAAAUGGGAACUAAAAUGGAUCCCUGCAUUUCCUUUCAUUCCCUUCCCUUGCUUAAAAUAAGGUAAAAUGUAUCCCUCACUUUUCUUUCUUCUCUUUCCCUUGUAUCUUCCUUUCAAACAUGGUGUUAAUGUUCUUAGAACUCAUGAAGUCAUGAGCUCAUGGCAAGAAGAUUUUUGCUUGCUUGAACUUUCUGGUGUCUAGAGUGGGGGUUAAUUAUUAAAAUCAUAGUAAGAGUGAUAUUUGACAAUGGAAUCUCUAAUUAUGUCAUGAACAAUUGACUAAAAGUUGAACAUGAACUGAAAUAACUAAAUGCCUGUCAGUGUCCAUUGUGAAGUUCUUGUGACGUAUUGGAAACUAUAGCAGCUAUGAAGCUCAUUUUUUGUACGUUAUAGCUUGCCAGCUUCUUAGUUGUAAUUCUUCUGAAUCGCCUUGUUUUACAUUAUAGCUGUUUAUGUGAAUGAGCUUCAUAGAAAAUUGAGAUGUUCUGGACUGGCUUGUGCAGGAUCCCAUGUACUGGACGUACAGGCCCUUUACAGAACAGAUGAUUAAUUCUGCUGUAGAUGAUGUUCGCUUCCUUCUCUAUGUAUACCAUAUGAUAAUGGAGCAACUGAAUGAACAAUCCCUGUGGAAACUUGCAGUUCGAGGUGUAUUACACUGUCGCUGUUUCUGCAUUGUCAACAAUAGAUAUGCAGAUUGGCCAUCUAUCCCUUCUGUUGCAGCCAUUACCGAAGCAAAGGCAAGUAAGUUUGUUAUCAGACACUCAGAAUUUUGCAAACAACAUGGCUUUUGCAGUGGAUAAUAGAAGACCUAAUUCUUAUCAGAAUAAUAGUUCAGCUUCUUUUAGACCACAGAAUUUUAACACAUGGAAUCGGUUUUCUCAAUCUUCUCAGACUGGUUCUAAUAAUUCUGGUUUUGGUAGAGGUGCACCUGUCAGAAAAUUCUCUACAUUAUUCUGUGAAUAUUGCAAAAUGUCUGGUCAUACGGUUGAAAUAUGCUACAAAGUUCAUGGUUAUCCACCUAAUAAUGCUGCUUAUAAAGGCAAAGGAAGAAGGAUAGCUGCUAUUGUGUAUAGUGAUGAAGCUGAUGAUGGUUCUGAGAAGCCUAUUGAAACAGCUCAUAUCUCUUCUAAGGAUUACAGCAGAAUGAUGCAAGUGAUGCAUACUCAAGGAGAUUUUCAGAAUACUGCUCCUGCUGAAUCUGUGAAUGCACAGAAUCUUGUGCAUUCAACAUACAGUUCAGCUCACAUGGCAGGUGACUUUUUUCCAAGUGGAAAAGUUCCUGAGCAGGAGAUACUAUCUGUGAUUGAUGUUCCAUCCGGGAAAAUGGGAUGCAUUAUUGGAAAAAAGGGAGCUACAAUCCAGUUCAUAAAAGAAUCGUGCAAAAAUUUUCAUUGGAGGUGACAGAGGUCCUUCUGACAAAGUCUUCAUCAUAGGACCAACAAGACAAGUGAGGAAGGCCGAAGCCAUGCUAAGAGGUAGGAUGUGUGGCUGACCAGUUUUCAAGCUGGUGCAUUCACUAAUAUUGCAGUAUCUAUCACUAACUUGCAAAUCCCUCCUAAUUGACGCUUUACAUAGGCUGUAGCACAUAACUGAUCCAUGAUUAUGAAAAAAUGUAAGAAAGAAAAUAAAAGAUGAUUAUUAUCUAAAAGAGUUCCAAAAUGCUAGGAGUAUUAAUGAACGGUAGAUUGUGAUAUUUAGGCUUAGAUCCUAACAUUUAAAUCCUGAACUUAUUGCAAGUAUUCUGAAACUUGUAGACAUUAAAGAAAAUUGUAGAGAAGAGAUAUAAGUCAACUUGCUUCAAUGAGCCAUGAUCAGCCAGCAUAGAGCUGGAAAUCAUCAGCUCAUUUCUUAUCCUAUUCAUGCUAAAAGUUAUAUGUUUGCAUUCCAAUGUGGAUGACAUUUAUUCAUGACAAUUUAAGAGGUAUGUUUUUGAUUAAAA